GCUCCGUAGCAAGAAAAGCCAACAAGAACGAAAUAAACCCUUUGGUAUCGUCCUCCGGUAAGCAGCCGAUCCCUGCUGCGUACUUUGGACAAGGCCAAAACAAAAAGAACACUUUUCGACCUCGCAAUCGCAUUCUCUCUCUCUCGUCUAGUCCCUGGCGUUUUUUUAAAAGAAAAACCCUUCAAGGUCGACACCGAAUACUUUAUUCUUCCUCGCUACCACACGCACGCACGCACGCACGCACAUUGCGUAAAGGUUCCAAAGCGAGGUGCCUUUUUGCCUUUUGGGCACGCUGUCUACCGUUUGGGCUAUUCCAGGGAAACCAACCACAUCUGCAAACAACCAAGAGAUCCCGUACCAGAUUUCCCUGCAAGGUACCUCCAACCUUUUUGCGCUGGUCGGCAUCCCUUUCGGCUUUUUUUCAAACGACCCAAGCCAAACAAACAAAAAAAAAUAACAAGAUCUGACUUGCAGCAGUUGCAUCUUGGGGAGGGUCUCGUUUCCUUUGCAACUUUUUUGGGUGGUUAUAUUUUUGUUUUGACGGGCGGAGAGACUUGACAGUCCCUCUCGAGAAGAACGGUCCACCUCUUGCGCGCGCGACCUUUUACGCCUUGCUUCUUUUUGUUGAAUGUUGGACGACGACGACGGAUUGACUUGAAUUUACCGGAACACCUUCUACACCCCGCUGCCCUCCCUCACUUGACCCCCCCUACCCCAAACCAACAACAAGAGCCUUUCAGGUUCAAAACGGGCGCUAAACCCAAACCCCUCCUAUACCACACCACCAACACCCACCCACCCACCGACGCUUUAUUAAAAAAAAAUUAUGUCGGCACCUUCUUCUCGUGAGGAAACUGGCAACAUGCCGCCCAUCUCGGCCUUUAUCGACGAUAACCGCCGAAAACCUCAACCGGAUCCAUCGUAUAUUCUCCCUCCUCCCACCGAUUACGGCGCCCAUGCAUAUAGCCAACAGCAGCAACAGCAGCAACAACAACCACAACAACAACAGUCAUCACAACCAACCUACCCCCCACAACCCCCUCGCGCGUUUUACCCCCAUGCCCAAGCCCAGCAUUACGUUCAAGCGGAUUUGCAGGCAUGGCAACCUCCACCACCUUACCCCCCCGCUCACGGUCCCGCUCAACCUUCUUCGUAUUCAACGUUAAACAGUGAAGACAUGUUGCAUUACCCUCCAACUCUAUCGGAAUCGCGGCAUAGCGGUAUGAGCCAUCACCACCAUCAUCCGCAACAAGCGCAACAAGCUCAACAACAAGCAACACCCCAACAGCAACCACCACCACCGCACCAACAGCAGCAGCAGCAGCAACAGCAACAUACCCAUCCAGCGCAUCCCGAUUAUGCUCACGACCGCCCGUCGACGGGAACGGCAUCGUCCCAUUCUCGCUCGACAUCUGCACCUCCUGGUGGACUCGUUAUUGGGUCUGGCCCACAUCAACAAGCAAGUGUCCGCCCGAGCGGUCCUGCGCACGGUCAGUCCUCAUCAACGGGUGGACGCGGCGGGCGAGGUGGAAAGGCGGAUAAAGGUACCCGGAAAUUCGUGUGUCAAGUGGAAAACUGUGGGCGGUCCUUCAAUACAUCAGGACACUUGGCUCGCCAUGUGAAAAUCCACAGCGGGGAGAAACCCUACAAUUGCCCCAUACCCGGCUGUGCGUCCCGGUUUUCCCGGCACGACAAUAUGCUCCAGCACUACCGGGCCCACAUGCGCAAACUCCAAUGGGCUGCUCCACCUCCGGGCGUUAUCCCUCCCGUCCCGAUGAGCCCCGGCCGGCGUCCACCCGGACCUAGCACACCCUACGUGAGCGAACCGUACAUGAUGCGCACCCAAGCAUUUGCACAGCAGCAGCAGCAGCAGCAACCACCGCAAGCGCAACCCCAACCUCAACAACAAACUCCCUACACGGAUCUCUCUGUUCCCAGUGAAACCCUCUCCGUGGAGCCCUACCCACGAGGAACAGACCUGUUGGGCCGCCGCAUGUCCAUGCCCUCCAUCCCUCAACGUCCCAUCACCCCCUACGCCCGCGCAGCCGAAAGCAACCCGCAAGACUACUCACCACGUCAAGACGCACGCUACGUGGACCAACAGUACAUGGACCGCAUGUACACUGGCUCCGAAUACGUCCGCGGGCGAUCCUUAUCCUUGACGCACUUGAACCGCUAUUCCCCUUAUUUCACACCACAGCCUCCUGAAGGUGUCUGGGCGUACCAUUAUGAUACCAGUAUGCGGUACCCGCCCGUACAACCCCCCCAACAACCUCCUCAACAACCCCAACAAACACUUUCACAACAACCUCAACAACAACAACAAAUGCAGCAGCGGUACACGCCCUACAAUUAUGACGCCCGUCGCAAGUCCCCCACAUUACCCCUCUUGCGCUCUCUUGCCCAAUUUGAGGAAAAGGAUGCAAGUACCCCUGGUGCAACGACGGGCGAAGCGCCGGUCCUUACGGCUGGAUUUGCGUAUUAUCCUACCGCUCCUGCGUACUCUGGGGGAAUGGUUGGAGAGAAAAAGGAUAAGGAGGAGGAUAAGAAGGAGGUUUGUGAGUGUGGGUAGUGUUUUCGUUUGAGCAAUGUGUUUAUGUGAGGGAUCGAGUGGUGGGAGAUGGAUGAUGAACAGUUUUUUGAUUUUUUGUUGUUGUUUUUUUGUUUUGGUUGCGGGGUUCUUGUGUGUUUUUUCUUUUUCUUUCUUGUUUAAUACAGGGGUUUUCUUUUUCUUUUUGGGUUGUGCAUAUGGAUGGUGUGUGUGUGUGUUUUUUUUUUUAAAAGAGCUAGUUUGAGGGGGUUUGAAGGAUGUAUGCCGUGUUGUUUGAGUGGGUUCUUGUUUUUUGUAUAUUUGGUUGGAGAUUUGGAAGGAUUUGGUGGACGGUUGGUUUUUUUUUUUUUUUUUGGCAGAGGGGAGGGGUCGCUUGCUUUUUGUUAUCUCUUUUUUUUUUUUUAUACGAAUGUGACUUGAUUGACUUAUUGUUUGGCUUUUGGAACAACUUGGUGGGCUUAAGGCGCCGUAUUGCCAUAUUGAACACUAGAGUGUUACUUUUUUAAUUACUGGUCUCUAUGCUUGACAAU